UCAGUGUGCCCUGAUGAUCAGUGUGGCGCCAGAAGGGCCACCUGUCAGUGUCCAUCAGUGCCAACUCUCAGUGCUGAACAGUGCCACGUGCCAGUGCCCAUCAGUGCCACAUCAAUGCCACAUAUCAAUGCCUACCAGUGCACAUCAAUGCCACAUAUCAGUGCCCAUCUGAGCUGCCCUUCAGUGUCACCCAUCAGUGCCAGUCAAUGCCAAUCAGUGCCACCUAUCAGUGCUGCCAAUCAUCAGUGCCACCUAAUAGUGCCGCCUAUCAAUGCCAUAUAUCAGUGCUGC